AUGACAAAUUUAAUAAGAAGUAAUUUUCAGGAUCAUCCCUUCCAUUUAGUGUCACCGUCUCCUUGACCGCUGUAUACAAGUAUUGCUUUAUUUGCAGUAACAGUGAACGGAGCAUUAUCAAUGCACUUAUUUAAUAAUAGCUAUAUAGUGUUUUACUUAUCAUUAAUAACAUUAGUAGCAUCUAUGUCUUUCUGAUUUAGAGAUAUAAUAGCAGAGGGUACAUAUUUAGGAAAUCAUACAUUAGCAGUGCAAAAGGGGUUAAAUCUAGGAGUAAUACUAUUUAUAGUAUCUGAAGGUUUAUUUUUUGUAGCUAUCUUUUGAGCAUUCUUUCAUAGUGCAUUAACACCUACUGUAGAAUUAGGAGCUCAAUGACCACCUAUGGGUAUAGAACCAGUAAACCCAUUUGAAUUACCAUUACUUAACACAGUAAUUUUAUUAUCUAGUGGAGCAACUAUUACUUAUGCACACCACUCAUUAAUAAAAGGAGAAAGAAGAGGAGCUUUAUACGGUUCUAUCUUUACAGUUCUAUUAGCUUUAAUAUUCACUUUUUUCCAAGGGGUAGAAUAUAGCGUUUCUUCCUUUACUAUUAGUGACGGUGUAUUUGGAACAUGUUUCUUCUUCGGUACAGGUUUCCACGGAUUACAUGUUAUUAUAGGUACAAUAUUCUUAUCAGUGGCUUUAUGAAGAAUAUAUUCAUACCAUUUAACAGAUCAUCACCAUCUUGGUUAUGAAGCUGGAAUAUUAUACUGACAUUUCGUGGAUGUAGUCUGACUUUUCUUAUAUGUAUCUAUGUAUUAUUGAGGUUCUUAA